GGAGGAGCGGGAGCGCUGGAUCCGGGCCAAGUACGAGCAGCGGCUGUUCGUGGCGUCGCUGCCCGGCACGGACCUCUCUCUGGGCCAGCAGCUGCUGAGAGCGACGGCCGAGGAGGACCUGCGCGCCGUCGUCCUGCUGCUCGCGCACGGCUCCCGGCAGCAGGUCAACGAGACCUGCGGGGAGGGGGACGGACGCAACGCGCUGCACCUCGCCAGCCGCAAGGGCAACGUGGUCAUCACGCAGCUGCUCAUCUGGUACGGCGUGGAUCUGAUGGCGAGGGACGCCCAUGGCAACAGUGCGAUGGCGUACGCCCGGCAGGCCAGCAGUCAGGAGUGCGUGGACACGCUGGCUCAGUACGGCUGCCCUGACGAGCGCUACCCGCUCAUGGCCACGCCCAACCUGUCCCGUCGCAACACCAACCGCAACAACAGCUGCAGCAGCGCCGGGAGCGCCGCGCUCAUAUGACCCGCAGACCUGACUGUUUACGACUAACAAACCCCGCUUUGGGAGAGCUUUUAUUUUGGGAACCACUACCUGUUGUGACUCGCCACCUCAUCUGACAACAACCGCCGCUGCCGCCGCUGCGACUCAUUAAAAAACUUGAAGUCAGUGGUGGUGCCGUUUGGGGGCAAAAAAAAAAACCCCAAAGCAUGGUGGGAAACGUAGUCCGCGAUCAACCGUCGUCAAAGACGUCGCAGGCUCAUCAGAGAAUUUUGGGAAAUAAUUUCGACUCGUGGCGGCCAGUCUGAAGCUCCAGGGACAUCAUACCUCAUCACAGCGCUAAUUUAACACUACGUGAAAAGUUCCCGCUCUUUUCAGAAGUCCAUCUCGCCAAAACAUAUCUCUGUGAACGACGAAAACUGUGAGGCGAAGACACCACGAAGGACGCGAGAGGCGGCGUCUUCGUAGCAUGACCACAUCAUCAUCGUCACCGCCGUCAUCGCUCUGGACGCGCCCUGCAGCCUCAGUGUCUCACCUGUUUGUUUUUUAAUUUUAUGAAUCUGUGAACUCUCGCCUUUUUUUUUUUAAAUGUGAAAAAUAUCUCGAUGUUUAAGAGGAAAAAAAUAUCAGAUCUUAGCGGUAAAAAAGAAGAAGUGUGAUAGAUCGCAUGCCCUAGACACUUUUCCGUUUUAAUUUAAGGCGUUUUUCCUGGACUGUGUAUAUUGUAUCUUGAUGUGCAUUGCUGGACCAAUCGUUAAAAACACGGGGAAGGGUUUUUUUGUUUGUUUAUUUUGUUUUUCAGGUGUAAAAAUCUUUACGUGUACAGAAGCUCUUGCCAGGCUCAGGGACCGGAGACUGUCGAUCACGAACAUCCCAGCAUCCUCCAAUCAGGGUUUAAUUUGUUUUCACUUCGCUCAGUCACGAUUUUUGGAUAACUGUCACCUGUUCUCGGGCUGGGCGAUAUGAUCUGUUGUCUCAGUAACCGUAAAUAUAACGACACGUGUUUUUCGGGCGGAUAAAUUAUUUUAAAAUCAUAGAUUUUUCACCUUUACGCCAGUGAUAGCCACUGUCGGAGGCAUUAUGUUUUCGUGUCAUCGCAUUUCGUGAAUUUCCUCAAAUUUGGCACAAACAUCCACUCAGAUGCUACAAUGAAAUGAAUUGAAUGCUUUUGAACCCAAUAUCUUAAGUCAUUUCCUCAAUUUUGGCACAAAUUUCCAGUUAGACUUAAGGAUGAAUUUGUUACAUUUUGGUGUUCAAAGGUCAAGGUCAUUGUGACCUCUUCUGUCCUAUUCGUGUGAACACGAUAUCUC